CAAAUCAAUAUAGAGUGUCAGUUGGCCUAGCAGCAAUGACUCAAGAAACAACUCUCCCACUGAACGCCACUGGUGGUUUCCGCUUUAAAAACGGCUCCACCUACGUGGGUUCCUGGAAUAAUAAAGGAACCAUGCAAGGAGACGGUCACCUACUGCUCCCAGGUGGGAUAAGGUACGAUGGCUGUUUUGACGAGGGCCUAUUUCAUGGACUGGGAGUGCUCACGUUUCCCGAUGGAGCCAGGUACGAGGGUGAGUUUUUCCAGGGGUGGUUCCAUGGAUACGGAGUGUUUUGGAGAGCCGAUGGCACUAGACACGAAGGAGAGUUCCGCGGCGGGAAGAUAUGGGGACUCGGUUUGACCACGUUUAACGAUGACACUCACGGGUUUCCCAGGAACGAGGGAUAUUUCCAGGAAUGUCAGCUGAAGAGGCGCAGGGGUUGCUCCGAUACCGUUCAGAAGGCUCAGAAAGUCGCUUUUACUGCUAGAACUAAGUUUCUUUGUGCCUAAAUAUGAUUUUUUUAACUAGGAGUUUCAAUAUUCAUAAUAUCCCUAUUUUAAUUAAAAAAUAAAGUCUUAAUAUUCCUAUACAAAGCAUUCAUUUAUUAAGAACAAAAAAUAGAAUUUCUAAAUACUAUUACUAGCUUAAAAUAUGGGAAUCAACACAGGUAAGCUCUAAGUCACGUAUUGAAAGUUGUCUUACAGAGGAAUGUAAAUUUUUUUGAAUUUCUCACAGAUCAUAAAGGUAUAAUAAACUUAGCAUCCUGCUUGAACAACUGGAGUAAAAAAUUACUUACAUAUCAAGAUGUAACUUCCUAAUUUGGGCAUUUUCCAUUUACCAUAAAAACCUGUACAUACUACAAAUAAAUUAUAAAAAAUG